AUGCCGGUGAGGGUGGCACAGCGCCCCCCAGGUGGAAUACCACUGCACGCCGGCGUGCCGGUAGCGCCCAGCAGCGUAACCGCCUCCGGUCCGUCGGGCCGGUGCCUCGGGGGCCCGGCAGCGCCCCCCGCCGGCUCGCCACCGCUGCCGCCCUCUCUGCAAGCGCUCGGCGGCGGUGUGAGCAACAACGCCAACAGCAACACCGCCGGUCCCGCCAGCAACGGCUCCGCCAGCAACGGUAACACCGGCACCAACGCCAACAACAUCAACAACACCAACAGCAUAGUCGUCGGGGCGAACAACAUCGGUCAGGGUAUCGCCGGCACCGGCCUAGCAGGAGGCGUCAGCACGACGAGCGGCGCCACGAAUCCCUUGCAGGCGAUGGCGUCGGCGGCGGCCUCGCUAACCCAGCUGAACAACAUGGCGAAUGGCCCGCUGCCGCCGCUAGCGGCCACCGGACCCACCGGGCCGCCUAGUUUGCCGCCUCCGCAGCCGGCCACCACGCCGACACACGGCGGCCCACCGACGCCGCACGCCGGCGUCACCGGUGGACCCCACCUGAACGGAGCGUCCCCGAGUCCUCACCCGAUGCCACCCCACGGUAUGAUGAGCGGAUCGCCUCACGCGCCCCAUCCGCACAUGGGCGGCGGCGGUCCCUCGCCUCAUCCUCACCAUCCCGGCCCCCACAUGGUCGGAUCGCCGCAUCAUCCCGGUCCGCAUCCGAUGGGGCCCGCAGCAAGCAUGAUCGGGGCCGGUAUGCAGCCGCAAGGCGCGCCCGGCAUGUGCGGCCCCGGACCCACCGGUCCAAUCGGACCGCACGCUCAUCCCCAGGGACCUGGAGUACCCGGCCAACCUCACAUGCACAACGAUCCGUUUUAUUGCUCGCCUUUCGGAUCCCACUACUUCAGACACGACGUGAAAACGAGCUUGGAUUAUUUAACGCUGGAGCAACCAACUAUCCGUCAAUGUGACAGAUUUCAAAUAUUUUACAAUUGCUUAAAGGAUACGUGAAUUUUUGUCAAAAUUGAUAUUGAUCUCCGGUUGGAUGGAAACACAAUUAGAUCUAUUUGUCUAUUAAUCAUUAUCGUUCAAAUCACCAAAUAAUUUAUACGUAUUAAUUAGAUUUGUCGUUCCUGCGUUAACAUUGAUUCUUCUGCAGUAAUUCUUACGCAUAUAUUUGCAUAUGAAGAAAACUGUUGUGUCACGAUGUAAACUUAGAUCGUUUAGCGUAACCGAUAAUCCGUAUCAAAUCGAGAAAUCGAGAUAUACUCUCGCAAUCGAUACGAAGUUUUUGUUCUCUCCAUUAAACGUACUCGGCAAGAAAUCGCCGCAGACUUAUCCCUGAUAAAUCUUUUUUUUUUUCUUUUCUGACUUUUUCAUAAAGUUCGCCGCGAGGUAAGGCGAAGGCCGAGACCGAUGAUGAAUUUUCAUCGGACACGUCCGCGACAGCUUUGCCUCACCUUUGGCUCCGAGCACGGCGCAGUAUGAUCAAUCUUGCCGCGAUUAGAGAUAUAAAUAAAUAAUCUGUCGUUGCAUCGGUUGUUGCCGGCGAUUUUUCGUCACGCGAAACGACGACUCGACCGAUCGACUCGAACAGGUUUCCACCAGGAUGUAUAUCGGGCGCUUUCUUUCGAGAAAACGAUCACGCGAACUCUAAAGUGGCGGGGAGGGGGAAAAGAGGGUGUAUAGCGUGCUCGGAGAAAGUUUCCACGCGAAAACGCCAGGUUGUCUCUCUCUCUAUGGCUGUGAUCUGCGCGUUCGAAACAUCACGAGGUUUCCUUUCCGCGCUGUAAAAGCGCAAAGAGCGUCGUUUUCGACUGUUCGUUGCUAACAUCUUUUAAUAAAUCAACAUUUUACGAUUUUACUGUGUUUCAAGUCACGAGCACGCGAUUGUCGGACUGUAAAAGUACUUCGUCAACGGUAGGAUUUUAUUUAUCACGGUCGAUUUAAUUAUCGCUGAACUGUGGAUAUUUGUACGUUGCACGGAACAUUGAAAGAUGUUAUUUUCCUCAGAAAUGAAGAUGUAAAAAUCGGCAGUUCAAUUGAUCGGUAGAUUGCGGAUAAUCACGAAUUUUGUGGGGAAUCUUUUGAUUUGUGUAGAGGGGAUUUAACGCGAGGAAAUAUGCAAAUUAUUCCAAGUAUAGAAUUUAUUAUAAUAUUUUAAAGAGACGGAAGAAAUUUCUGCGCUUGGACUUCACAUCUUUAGCUGUUUAUAUAUAUAUAUAUAUAUAUAUAUAUAUAGACAUGAAUCUGCAUAAAUAA